AUGACUUUCCUUCCAAAGUGGCUAACCUUUCUGAAAGGCAAAGAGGUUGUUAUUGCUAAUGCUAUAAUUGCAAUACUGACAAUUGGUGGGCAGCAACUCUUCUCUUUCUUUACGUUCAGUUGUCCUUGUCAUGUGGGGCAGAACCUCAUCUAUGGGUUGGCCUUCCUGGGUGUUCCUGCAUUGAUUCUUUUGGUUAUUGGCUAUGCUCUGAACAACCAGACCUGGAGGCUGGUUACAGGCAAGAGGUCUCCUCUUCUAACAGAGAGCACGUGGAAUCAGUUACUACAGUGCAAACUGACCUGCUUUGUACUGUGCAGCAUCACUGGGAGAGCACUGGUUGCUCCAGUGACAUGGCUAGCAGUCACUUUGAUAAACGGCUCCUACUAUGUGUGUGCUGUGAGUGAAUAUGUCUCUUUGUAUUACUAUGGAGAUAUUCCUAACGUGACUAUUAGUGAACGCCAGAGGAUUUUGGCUGCAUUUCCAUGCAGCCAGCUAGUUCCACCAGAGCUGAGCAGGGCAAGAGAUGAAGUGAUCCUCCUGCUCCGGUACCAGUCACAGGUGGCUGGCUGGCUUCUGAUUGCUGUGGUUGUCAUCACUGUCUUCCUGUCUUACUGCCUGGCAAGCUGCUUCUCCCCGCUCAGCUUCCUGCACUUCAGGUACUGGACCAGCUAUGUCCGUAAUGAGCAGGAGCUCUUUGAUGAAGCAACAGACCAGCACUCCAAGCUUUAUGCCAUGAAGCAUGUAAAGAAGUUCUUUGGAUUUGUCCCGGGAAAUGAAAAUAUAAAUGAAAUCCGUAUCCCAUCACUCAGGGAGUGGCAAGCUAUCUCUGGACUGGCCUUCCUAAAAUUAGUGGAUGAGGAGCAUUACGACUACAGUCUCCUCCAUGACUGGGCACUCAAGGACUCGGCAGACAGAAAAUAUCUGAAGCUUGAUGAAGACCCCUGA